AUGGAAAGCAGAACUUUUCUUCAAGUCCUAUGCUUGGCCAUUGUUGGUCUUGGCUUUGCAAAUGCAGAGGUUCCGGCUGUUUUUGUAUUGGGAGAUUCGACAGCUGAUGUUGGGACUAACAAUUUCUUACCAGGAUUCAAAGCGAGGGCUGACUUUCCUCCCAAUGGCAUUGAUUUUCCCUCCUCUAGACCAACUGGAAGGUUCAGUAAUGGUUUUAACAGUGCUGAUUUUCUAGCUAUGCUAAUGGGAUUCAAGAGAAGCCCACUACCUUUCUUUGCUCUCGCUGGCAAUCCAAAAUUGCUCAAACGGCCUAGCUUUCGGGGAGUAAAUUUUGCCUCUGCAGGGUCUGGCAUUCUUGACAUGACUGGGCAAACUGCGUUAACCAGCUCGCUGAGCGGUGUUAAGAAUGUUGUCCCACUACGAGAGCAGAUUGAGCAACUUUCUGCAGUCCAUGACAAUCUUACAGCUAUUAAGGGUUCAGCAUAUACAGAAAUUCUUUUCUCAAGAGUAUCCUUGAGCUUGGAGCAAAGAAGAUUGGUAUUAUUAGUGUUCCACCAGUUGGUUGCUGCCCAUCUCAAAGGGCUUUCAAUGAAAGUGGGGGCUGUUUGGAGGGUUUGA